AUGAUCAACCAACACGCCUCUCAGGGAAGGGGACAGCGGACAGGCACGCCUACACUCCGGCCAGAACUCCAGGCCUACUGGCAGUUGCAGCACCAUCACCCUGCGCAGCAUUUGAACCAGCCCACACAUCAGCCAACGCAACCCACAUAUCAGUCGACUCAACCCACUCACCCUCAAAGUGCUCCCGACGUUGGCCAUAAAGCCGAACUCCUCGAUCUGUUCCAGGCGGUGGAUACAGAUCGUAGCGGACACAUUGAAGAGAAAGAAUUAAACUUGGCUUUACGAAACGCUGACUGGAGUUAUUUUGAUGCGAGGACCGUGGCGAUGAUGAUAAGGUUGUUCGAUGCCGAUCGCAGCGGCCACAUCUCCUUCAUAGAGUUCCAACACCUCUGGGGUUACCUCGACGAAUGGAAGCAACUCUUUGACCGAUUCGACAGUGACAGAAGUGGAACGAUUGAUUUCAAUGAAUACCGUACAGCACUCGAGGCGUUCGGAUACCGUCUCUCUCCGGAGUUUAUUGGACAGGUGUUUCAUAAGUUCGCUGUGCGAGGUGAAACUUUCAGGAUUUCCGUGCGAGAUGCCAUGUGCUUCGAUCGCUUCGUCCAAUCCUGUGUCAUCUUGAAGCUGAUAACAAAGUCGUUCAACAAACGAGACACGGACGGAGAUGGGUACAUCACCGUCAGCUUCCAAGACCUUGUGGGAAUCAUGCUGGAGUUGCAGUGA